AUGUCUACUGAAACCAAGCCAUUAGUCAAGAGAUCUGGUCUCAUUAAGGGAUUCAACAAGGGUCACGCUGUCGCCCCACGUAGACCAUCCUCCUCAUUCAAGAAGGGUUUCCACGCUACUUUCCUCAAUCUUUAUCUAUUAGGAAUCUUUGUUUAUUUACUCGUCACCAAGCGUGUCUCCGUCGUCCGUGACAUCAUCCGUGAAGUCGCUGGUUUCGCCCCAUACGAACGUAGAAUUCAAGAGUUGUUGAAGUCUGGUUUGGAUAAGCGUGCCCUCAAGGUCGCCAAGAAGAAGGUCAAUAUAUCAAUGAUUUUAGUUUGGUUAGUUAGUUUAUCAAAGAGUGCAGUAAUAUAUUAA